GUUUUCCAAAUGCAGCGACUUCUGGAAACGAGCUGCGGAAAUGACUUUGGGCGCCCCUUGAAGAUGAAAUUCAGCUGGGAACCCUCUUUUUGGACCAAGCAGAUCUCAAACUUAGGUUGUAUACUGACUGACAGCGUGCACUUACCUCCUACGGAUGUCCCUACUUAUGGAGCUGUAGAAGACGUACAGUCAUCUUAUUACCAGCCUCAUCUCCCUGCUCCCACUCCCCACCUAGCGACCAUCAGCAACUCUCAAAGCUACGCACCCACUGUCCAGUGCCCCACCCCGGUUUGCUGUGCCCACUGCCAUACACUGCCAUCUAUUACUAAAAGCCAACCCGCCAACAGCACUGUAAGCCACCACAUGAAUGUUACCCAUUCCACUACCAUAAAGCAGCAGGUGGUGCAGCCCAUCCAGUACAGCUCCAGCAAAGAGCAGAAAUGCCUGUCUCGACCUCUGAGAGUCAUUCAGCCAUGGCUACCUCACCAGCCGGCCUCAGACCACGAGAACUCGUCUUACUGGUCGGAGAACCAGCAGCAGAGACCCGCCAUCCAGCCCCCAGUGCAGAACGUGGCCCCGAUAUGUUCAGUGACAUCGCAGGACUUUAGCCAGGUGCACGCGGCCAUCCCGCUGAGUACGACUACACCCUUACCGACCCCCUCUGUACAGAUGCAGCUGAACCCAGUGCACAGUGUCCAACAGCAGAGACACCAGAGCCAAACCACGGUGUGCCCAGCCGACAACGCCCACGAGCAGGUCAUGCACCACAGUCUGGACAUCAUUAACCAACAGUUUGAGCUGGAGCAGAUGCAGAAAGGACUUGAACUUCUCCUCCAGAGUCAGCCAUCAAAUGUCCAGCUGAACCAGAGCAAGCAGCCCCAGCACGUCCAGCAAACCAUCGUGGGGCAGAUUAACUACAUUGUGCGCCAGCCUGCGCCCCUGCCGCUGCAGAGCCAGGAGGAGGUGCCCCCGGUGUGUGAGGAGCCCAUCUCCCCCGGGGGCCACACUGUGGACUUAUCCCCAGUAACGGCUCACUCUCCUGGGAUUCCCCAGUCACAGUCUAUAGCGGAUGAGAUUAUUGCGGCAGUGGAGAGCGACGCUUGCCGGAGGAACCAGUUUUCUGCAAAUCCAGCCAGGAAGCGUUCAGCCUCGGAAAGUUUCUCAAAUUCUCCAGAUCUAGAAUUAUCAUCCCCCAGACUAUCUCGUUCUGUGGACCCCCAAAUGCAAGCGGUGCCCUGCCAGUUCUUCAGUCAGCCCCAGGACAGGUGUUACAGUGCUGAAGGGGAGGCAGAGAGAAUGACUGCUUACAGCCCCGUGGAAGCAGCUGUCGCUGAGGAGAUGCACUUAGGAUCCAACGAUCACCUGGCAACAGGGGGCGCUCUCCUGGGAAAUGCAAUAUGUAAGAUAGAAAACGAGAAUUUCAGCUGCAGCGGACCCCCGCCGCCGCCACCUCCACCUGACAACACCUUGGGAACGGACUCGGGGACUGCGCUGAGUGAUCUCGUGCUGCCGCUGGAUAACAUGUUUGAGGAGCCAAUUAAUCUGUCCCUUAAAAAAUGUUUCCCACCCGAUUCGUCCUCUGCACCCCGACGAGACCCCACCCCCCCACAACCGGUUAUCAAGGAGAUAAAGAAUGAAGCAGAUACAGAUAAUCGCUUCCAGCUACGUUACCCUGAAGAGCUGAAGCGGCAAGAAAACACAAGCAGGGCAGAAUCAAAAGAAACCAAGAUCCCGUACGUGCGUCUGGAGCGUCUGAAGAUCUGUCCGCCGCCGUCCGGAGAGCUGCCUGUGUUUAAGGUGCAGCCGCAGAAGAAAGAUGAAGACGGAUCCCUGCGCCUGCUUAUUAAGUAUGGCGCCCGAUACAAAAGUAUGUCGAUAAAGGUGAAUGCGGACAGCUCGCACUCGUCACCUCUUUCCACCGAUAUUUCACCGCAGUCUACAGUUCCGUAUGGAACAGACGCCAUGCCACCAGCCGUGGCACAUACCGUGCAGGUGCCACCACUACAGCCGCACCCCUUUCCUCGGAUACAGUCUUACACUGGGGGGUCUCAGGAGAUCAGACAUGUUGUAGAUCCUGAGCCGGCGGAUGAACCCCCCCAAGAAUAUAAAAUGAAUACAGGGCCGGCGAAAAAAACGGAGGGCCCCAAUCACAUUGAGAACGAGGAUUUCUGUGCUGUGUGUCUGAACGGCGGCGAGAUGCUGUGCUGCGACACCUGUCCGAAGGUUUACCACUUGUCCUGCCAUGUGCCGGCGCUGCUCAGCUUCCCGGGCGGUGAAUGGGUCUGUACACUGUGCCGGAAUCUGAACAAGCCAGAAGUGGAAUAUGACUGUGAUAAUACACGUUACAGCAGGGAAAACAAGAUCGAAGAGGGGAUGUUACCGCACAUGGACGCAGUGGAUGAAAGGAAGUGUGAGAAGCUGGUGCUGUCCCUGUACUGUAACAGCCUGAGUGUCCCGUUCCAGGAGCCGGUCAGCCCAGUGAUUAUAAAGAGGCCCAUGGACCUGUCAAUCAUUCGAAAGAAGCUUCAGAAGCGGCAUAUCCCUCAUUACUCCGCCCCCGAGGAGCUGGUGUUUGACAUAAGGCUCAUGUUGUGGAACUGCGCCAAGUUUAAUUACGAAGACUCGGAGGUGGCGGAGGCCGGAAGGAACCUGGGGCUGUGUUUUGAGGACAUGUUGAAGGAGAUCUACCCCGGCCGAGCGUUCCCCUUUCCACAAGAUGACGACUCUGAGACAGAGGAGAUCGGGGCAGAUAACUGCCCCUUGAAUCUGAAGAGCUUCCAUUGGCCAAAUUAUGGACAAGACUGUGUUCAGCCCAAGAGAAGGAGGCGCCACCCCAUGACCCAGAAGACCAGAGACUUCAACCUCUGCUAGAUGCCCCCAAAGCCCCUCACAGCAAUGACCGCGGCAGCCGCAGCGCAUGGACCGGAAGACACAGCACUGGGGCAGGAGGGGCGACAACUCUGUCAUAAUCAUACUCAUCACUCUCACACUUUUACUUCUAUGCAAAACCUGGUGACAAGAGACAUGUCCUUCCACGAGGAAGUACCACGUGCCUUAAAGGGGGCCUGACGUCAUGUGUAGGAAGAAACCUGAAGCGGUAUUCCGGUUAUGUAAUGUUAUCCUCAAGCAACAGGAUAGGGGAUAACUAUUAGAUCGGUGGGGGUCCUACACGGAUCACAAGAACAGGGACCCCGUACCCUGUGGAGCCCCUCAAAAUGAACGGAGCGGCCGGCUAUCUCCAGAACAUCCAUACAAAUAAAUGGAGGACUGGGACCCCCACCGAUCUAAUCUUAUCCCCUAUCCUGUGGAUACAUAACCGGAAUACCCCUUUAACUUGACCUCAAGUGACUAUUAAAAGGAAACCAACCCUGCAAUCUACAGUUCUCUAUGUAUUGUAUAGGUGAAUGCAGUCUAUUGCUCCCUGGUAUCAGCAGAGGCUGGGGAGGGUGAGACCGAGGUAUAGAGCAGUGUCCUCUUAUAACGCUCCGAUACUGAUAUAACCUCCAGAGACAUUACAUCACAUGUGACUGAUAUCAGCCGCUCCUCUUAUAACGCUCCAGCGCUGAUAUAACCUCCAGAGACAAUACAUC